AUGUCUCACAACGGCUUCGCUUCGCCUACUGGCAUGGGCAUGCCCGCUGGGGGCCUUGCCUCGCGCCGUGGUGGUGGUCAGAACAUCAAGCCGCUCUCUUUCGAUGUCACCAAGACCAUCGACCCCAAGGACAACGGCGUCCCGACACCUCGCACGAGCCGCUCCCACCUUCUGGCGGGCCUGCGUACGGCUCCCAAGUCGGCUACCGCGGCCUCCUUUGGCUUGGCAUCGCCCACCACCAGCGGCCCCUCUCAAUCUCAAGUCUUCAACCGUGGCAAUGCUAUGCAGUCUGUACAGGAGCACAUGAACGGACCCAAGACUUCGCUCCCUCGCAUGGCGACUCAGAACCAGUCUCAGCAGCAGCAUUUCCAGCAGCAGCAGCAACAGCAGCAGCGCGCCAUGUUGCAACAGCAACAACAACAACAGCAGCAGCAGCAGCAGCGUUACAACCAGCAGCACUUCACGGCUGAACAGAUUCUCGCCCCCCCGGAGAUCAUGAUUGAUGAGCAGGAGCAGAUGGAUCCCAACUUGUACAACCAGUUGGUCGCCACCAACAUGUACCUGGCCCAGCAGCAGCAACGUCUGCAGCAACAGCUGCUGAAUGUGCAGGCUGCCGCGCAGCAAUUCCAGGGCAUGAACCUCAACAGCCAGGCUUCCUUCCAGCAGCAGAUUGCCCUCCAGAACCUGUACCAGCAGCAGCAGCAGCAACUCAACAAUCUGCAGCAGUCAAUGGCCCAGGUCAUGCCGACCCACCAGAAUGUGUACACCUACUAUGACCCCGUUACUGGUCAGCAGGGUUACUACGUUGACCAGGGCCAGGCCGCUGCGAGCUACAUGGAUCAGACACCAGCCACGCCCCUUGGAUUUGGUCAGCAGCAGCAGCGCAACGGCACUCCUCGUGUGCAGGUUUCCCCCCCAAUGGAGAGCCAGCAGGGUUCGUUCCGCUCAAACAGCCCUCCCAAAAAGCUUGAACUUACUGGCGAGCACGAGCCCCUUCCCCCUCCGUCUGCCAACGCUUUCCGUCGUGGCCAUAAGAAAGCCCCGUCUCUGGCCAAGCUCAAUCUCAACAACGCCGCCAUCGUCGAGGAGGCUCCUGCUUCUGCUGGGCUCAAGUCCGCUGCUUUUCCCCUGUCUCCUGUGGUUCCAAGUGGUUACGGCCCUGGGCAGGCUCGUGCCGGUGAGCACCCUGUCCGCCAGCCUCGCGGCCCUCCGGCUCUUGAGGAGCUCAAGGCCAAGCCCACUACCAGGUUCGAGGGAAGCAAGAACUUCUCCACCCGCACUCGUCGCUCGGCCAUCAAGAAUCUCGUCAAAGCCGGUCUCGAGAGACGCAAGGGUACUGGAAGCAGCUGUGGAAGCAUGAGCCCUGUCUCCGAAUCUGCCGAGGAAAUCGCUACUCCCUUGACUGACGAUGAGUCGGACUCUGGUCGCAGUGGCUCCGGAAGCCUUUCUGGCGACGCUGAGCCGAGCCUUGCUAGCUCCCGCACCUCAACUAGCGGAAGCUGGGGUGCCAUUGGUUCUGAGCGACCAGGCUCGCGCCAGAAGACUCGCAAGAGCCACGAGAGCCUGUCCAGCGCCUGCGAGAGCGACGGCAGCUUCGCGAGUGUAUUCAAGAACGGCGCGCAGCGUGGCGGCAAGGACGAGCUCGCGGAUGGGCAGCGCAAGACGAGGCUCGUGCUCACGAGCGCUGAGAAGCGCAAGUGCAGCAACCCCUCUGCGUAG